UUAGUUCAGUAUGCCUGGUAGGACAAGGCCAAUCGAGAAAUUUGCACAGGCAACUGCCAAAUGCUCUGCAGAGGCAACGGUAUAUGGCAAAUGCAUCCUGGCUGAUUAUACUGCUGUUUCCAAGGACAUGUGUGCGAAAGAGUUUAUGAAGCUGAAGGAUUGUUUUUUGGCUGCGGCAAAGAGACGAUAA